AACCCUUAGAUGCAUAAGUGGGUCAAAAAUGACCCGGUGAGGUUGUUUUCUUGAAAUAUCUUUGUAAUGAAAAUUUUUUAACAUUUCAUAUUCCAGGUAUUCCUCAAAAAACAUGUUUUUGACAUAAUUCCAUUUACAUUUCUAACUUACCUUUUAAAAAUUUUAAGAAAUUUUAGUUUUUGUACUACUACCCCAAGCUUCCAUAAGUGGGUCACAAAUGACCCGCAUGCAUUUUCUUUGGAAUCCAAUGGGAACCUUCAAUUUUUAUCAGCUGUGGCUGUCUGGAAUAAAUAAAUUGUGGACCACACGGACUAUAUCAGAAGUUUGACCCUUCAGGAAGACUAUUUUACACAGCAAGAGCUGAUACAUGUAAGUAUUAUUGUCAUACAGUAUUGUGUGUGUGUGUGUCUUUCAUGACUUAUUCACUGCUUUUAUUUAUCAACGGAUUAGCCUAGUUUAUAACUAGCUAAAACUAGUGUGUAUGUGUGUGUAAGUCAGUGCUACAUAUUGAUCUAUUGAAAACAUUACUCUCAUGUUUCUUCAUCAAGGUGUCAUGGCUGCUAGAUACACAGUUGAAAUGGUCCUACAGAUGCUGGAUGACGGAGAGGCAGUAACGGGGUUGGACUCAGAGUCUGAAAUUUCUGAUGAUGAGGACCCAGACAAUUGUCCAGGUGGCAGUGGCAGUCGUCCACCUGGAAAUCCAACUGAACAGGAUCAAUCUGACUCAGAAGAUUCCUCUUCGGUGUCCUCUGAAGAACAAAAUAUCAUUUCCAACAGAAUGAGUCGGAAGGGCUCUUACUGGAGCGAGUUACCUCCCACCCAGGGUAGAACACAGAGCCACAAUAUCAUCAGAAGUCGGUCAGGGCCUGCAGAAGGGCUUAGCACCACUGUCUCACCAAAAGAUGCAUGGGAGCUCUUUAUCACUGAUGAUAUAAUACAAGAGGUGAUGAAGUGCACAAACUUGGAAGGACGGAGAGUAGCAACAGCUAGAAGAAAAGAAUGGACAAAUAUCACUAAAGAUGAAUUCAUGGCCUUCAUUGGAUUGACCCUGCUUGCAGGAAGUGAGAAGAACUGGGAUGUUUCAGUCCGUGAGCUUUUUGGGAGUCCUCUACAUAAUCCCAUGUACAAGGCCACUAUGGCUGUUGGAAGAUUUGAAGACAUUCGCCGUACCUUGCGCUUCGAUGAUAAGAGGACCAGAGCCUUCCGACUGGAAACAGACCAUAUGGCAGCCUUCCGCUAUGUAUGGGACCUGUUCCUGGUCAACUGCAGACAGCGAUUCAUCCCCAGUGAUUGUGUCACUGUGGACGAACAGCUUGUGCCAUUCAGGGGUAGGUGCAAGUUCUUACAGUACAUGCCAAGCAAGUCCGCCAAGUACGGCCUAAAGAUCUUCUGGGUUUGUGAUGCACGCAUCCCCUAUGCAAUAGAUGGUAUAGUUUACACAGGGAGACAACCAGGUGAAGAAGUUCAGAAGAAUAUGGGGGAAAACAUUGUCAAGCAGUUGCGUGGUAGAUUUAGAAACACAGGUCGCAACAUCACAAUGGAUAACUUUUUCACCAGUGUGCCUCUUGCACAGCAUCUUCUAGAGAAGGAUCUCACUAUUGUGGGGACUCUACGUCUGAACAAGCCAGACAUCUCUCCUCUGAUGAAGCCUUCCAAGUCCAGGGAGGUUCACAGCACAGAGUUUGGAUUCAACAACAGCCUUACCAUUGUCAGCUAUGUCAGAAAGAAAGCAAAAGCUGUUGUGCUCCUGAGCACGAUGCACCACGACAAAGUAGUGGAUGAAAAUAGCAGAAAGAAAAAAACAGAAGUGAUCACAUUUUACAACAAGACGAAAGGAGGUGUAGACACCACUGACCAGAUGGUUGGAACCUACACCUGCAAGCGCCAAACACAGAGGUGGCCCAUGGUGUUGUGGUAGAACAUAAUUGACAUCGCCACCCUGAAUUCCUACACCUUUUUCACGGCUCAGCACCCAGAUUUCAAGAGCGGCAUCACCAAUGCACGACGGAUCUUCCUCAAAGAGCUGUCAAAGGAGCUUGUCACCCCACACAUGAGGAGUCGACUGGAAGGCUGCCCCCAACUGCAAACCCCGAUUAUUGAAGCAAUGGAAAGGUGUGGGGUGACAAAAGCCAAAAUCCAGCCACAGGAGGGAAGCAGACAGUGCCAACCAAAGAGAAAGAGGUGUCAGAUCUGCCCAAGUAACAAAGAUCGCAAAGUUAACAACAGUUGUGGGAAAUGCAAUGUACCUGUGUGCAAUGAUCGCAGCCAGAAACAGGUAGUUUGUCUGAACUGCAUACAAUGAUGAGACAAGGCAAAACAGGCAAAAGAAAGAGGAACUGUCAAUGACUGGACAUACAUACACACAUGCACACACAAUGGAUGUUCACAUGUUUUCUCUUGCGGUUCUGGGUAAUUUUGUUUUAAAUUGUGAAGAAGAAAAGUGAAGAAUAAAGAUAUUUCAAACAUGAAAUCAUUCUUGUGUGGUCCUAAAUAUAUUACAAAAUAUUAUACAAGUGAUUAUUCUUCACCAAAAUGACAACAAAUGGCAUGAAAACACGUUGAUUCUAACAUGGGUCAUUUUUGACCCACUUGUGGAAGAGUGUAGGGUCCAGUCACUCGUGCAUCUAAGG